CCAGAAACCAAAAGAAAAACGGCAAGGAGACCAUCAUCACCAUGCUAUCGUCUUCGUAUCGUCUGCGAUCUGGUACUGCUACUGCUCGUAGCAUCCUCUCUGGUGCAUUUUCUCGUCGGCUUGGUGGUGGUGGGGGCAAAUGUCAAACAAGGUUUUCCAGCUCUUCUUCCAAGGAAGGCACGGAUGCUCUAUCCUUGCGACGACAAGCCCAGGAAGCCCGCCAACAACGGGCAAAUCAGAUGCAUGAAGAGAUUGCCGCCAUUACACAGAAGCAAGAAAAGAGACAUGCCGAAGAAGCCGAAAAGAAACUCAAAUGGAAGGGAUUUUCAGAGUUCUUGGGCAAGCACAAGACAAACCUCAGUGUCAUUGUGGUCAGCUUUUUGACUGUAGUUCUUAGCGUGAAAUUGGUCCAAGGGAAACACAAGUACGAGGAUCUGGAAAAGGAAUUAGAAUCCCAUGAGGCACAGGCAGAAGAAAUGAGACAGCUGUUGAGAUCCAUCGGUAGUCAGGAGUAUCUGGCUCAACUUGCCAAUCGGUGUGCUCGGGAACUGGACAACAACAACCGCUCCAAGCGAGGUAGCAGUUGGGGUGCCACCAAAACAACCCAAUCCACGGACGACAUGUCUUCCACCAUAACCAAUGUUCUAGCCCAAGAUAUUGAAGCCAAGAUUGGGGAUGCUGCCUUGACGGAGGACGAACAAAGCUCCAAGCACCUCCAACAACUGACUUCCCAGCCCAAGGGAGAUGCCGCCAUUGAGAAAUUGAGUGCCCUUCAGCCAACACCACAAUCUGCCUCGAAUCCUGCAACUGACGAACAGCAGUGGGUCCAAGGAGGAGACAAAAACUCCAAAAAGAAGAGUGUCUUUGUUAUAUGAUAAGAUGUGGCUGGUUAGGCUGUACGGUACGGUUGCGAGACGGGGGCUACGAGCAGCCUGCUUUGGUGUUCGGCUGGCGGCAACAAAACUGCUCCAUAUCGGCAGCUCUCGUAGGAGAUCGACUUGUAUUUACAGUGUAGCAGACACCUAAACAAUCGUUGGGUAGAGAGUAGAGAGAUUGAAGAUUUCCCUCUACGCUUCUUGCCAACAUCAGCAAAAAGCAGAUAUCUCUUUCUUUAGAACACAUAUAUAUUCAGAUGUCAUUACCCAAAGCAACACCAACGCCAUCAACGUCUUUGUUUGUAAAGGAGAAUGAGGAAAUGAACUAUCCCGCUACGGUAGCAAGCUACUAG